AUGGGUGACAUGCAGGAUCGCAAAGUGUUUAAGGUGUUCAACCAAGAUUUCAUCGUCGACAAGACGUACAAGGUCACCAAAGAACUCGGUCAGGGUGCGUACGGUAUUGUCUGCGCUGCCACCAACACGCAGUCCGGCGAAGGGGUUGCAAUCAAGAAGGUCACAAAUGUCUUCAGCAAGAAGAUCCUCGCAAAGCGAGCACUUCGAGAGAUCAAGCUGCUCCAGCACUUCAGAGGUCACAGGAAUAUCACAUGCCUGUACGAUAUGGAUAUUCCGCACCCGGAGAACUUCAACGAGACAUACUUACUGAUGGAGUGCGAUCUUGCGGCCAUCAUCAGAUCUGGUCAGCCCUUGACCGAUGCUCAUUUCCAGUCCUUCAUUUACCAGAUCCUGUGCGGUCUCAAGUACAUCCACUCCGCCAACGUCCUCCAUCGAGACUUGAAGCCCGGCAACCUUCUGGUCAAUGCCGAUUGCGAGCUCAAGAUCUGUGACUUCGGUCUCGCCAGAGGUUUCUCUCAAGAUCCAGAAGAGAAUGCUGGAUACAUGACAGAAUACGUUGCUACGCGUUGGUACAGAGCGCCCGAAAUCAUGCUUAGUUUCCAGAGUUACACCAAAGCCAUCGACGUUUGGUCGGUUGGCUGCAUUCUGGCAGAGCUCUUGGGCGGUCGUCCAUUCUUCAAAGGUCGCGACUACGUGGACCAACUCAACCAGAUUCUCCACUACCUCGGAACUCCUAACGAGCAGACUCUCAAGCGGAUCGGGUCUCCCCGCGCCCAAGAAUACGUGCGGAACCUGCCAUUCAUGCCGAAGGUGCCCUUCCAAAGGCUCUUCCCACAAGCCAACCCCGACGCGCUUGAUUUACUGGACCGCAUGUUGGCCUUCGACCCCUCUUCUCGCAUCUCCGUCGAGCAGGCGCUCGAGCACCGCUACCUACACAUCUGGCACGACGCUACUGACGAGCCAGCCUGCCCGAAGACCUUUGAUUUCGCGUUUGAGGUCGUAGAGGAUGUUCAGGAGAUGCGAAAGAUGAUCCUAGACGAAGUCGAUCGCUUCAGAGCGCACGUCAGACAAGCCCCGGGCAACCAGUCCUCCCCAGCUGGCAUCACAAUGAACAUUCCCAGCAACGUCAACCAGUACGCGGCCCAGCCAGAGGACCCCCGGCCGCAGGAAGCCUACGCACAGGGCGGUGCGAAUGACCUGGAGCGGGAAUUGCAAUUUGGUAGCGACGCGAUGCAGCGAUAG